CAUGACGAGCAUAAUGAAGAACACUAUGAACUUGAUGAGCAUCAUGAGCAUGAACAUGGCGAGCAUCAUGAACAUGACCAUGGCGAACAUCAUGAAGAACACUAUGAACUUGAUGAGCAUCAUGAGCAUGAACAUGGCGAGCAUAAUGAAGAACACUAUGAACAUGAUGAGCAUCAUGACCAUGACCAUGACCAUGAACAUGACGAGCAUCAUGAAGAACACUAUGAACAUGAUGAGCAUCAUGACCAUGACCAUGACCAUGAACAUGACGAGCAUCAUGAACAUGAGCAGGGCCACCACAACGGUGGCGAAGUCCAGAAUGUAAAAUUAGAGUCCCAAGCGGCUCAUGAAUACCCAGUGGAAGAGGACGAGGCCGUUAACCAUUUGGAAGAUCAUAAGAAAAAACAGUCGCAAGAAGAAGAAGAGGUCACCCAUGAGGGUGAAAGUCGUGAACAGAAGCACGAUGCAGCCGAACUUCACCAUGAAGAGGUGAAACAUACCACCGAGGAACAGCACGAAGUUCAUCCGGUUCAGCUUCACGUGGAAGAGGAAGAGCAGCAGCAGGAGUUGCCAGCGGGGCAUGCGGAGCAGGAUAACCACAAGAAGAACAAUAAAGGUGGAUUGCUGCCUCACACACAGGAGGUUCAUCACUUUGUCAAGCCGAGGAAAACACCGUUAACACAACCAAUUCGUUGGGAUCCUAUUGAAUACGAUUUACGUGAAGACAGCGACGAUGAGUUUGAAAUGAGAACGAUAUUACGUCCUGUUUAUGACGAAGAAAAUUCACAAGUGCUCCAGUUCAAAAAUGGCGAACCAGAUUACCAAGGUGAAUUACUCUCCUGUUUUGAUGAACCUAAUCUGCUGUACCGCAUUUUCAACCGUAAAGAAAAGACCUGGGCCUUUUACAAUGACACCCUCCAUUAUGAAAUGCAUGUGCAAUUUACCUUCGGCAAACAUUCCAUGUUAGAGCCUCUUGAAAACACCAAAAUGUAUACCAAACCCGAUGGUGAGCAUUUAGCUGAGGUCUAUGUCUACCCUGGAGAAACGGAAAUGUUUGUCAAGGGUAAGGUGAAUGGUUUCACGAGCAAACUCCGUGCAGUUCCCUUAUCUGACGAUUACUGUAAGCGCCGUCAGGAACUGGCUGAAGAAACCAUUCACCAGGAAAUGGCUCAAAUUAAGGAACUUGUUGGGGAUGAGAAGGACGCAGAGAAGGUUUUGAAGUUGUGUUUGGAGCACAAUCUUCCUUUUGUGGAUUUGGAGUUUCCGCCAUGCCAGGAUUCCUUGGAUACUGGGGCGAAGAAGCCUUUUAAGCAGCUUCCGUGGGCGCGACCUUCAUCGUAUCUCCCUGACAACUUGGUUGAUCAGGUUCGUCUUUUCAGAGGCCCUAUUCGUCCUGGUGAGUUUGAUCAGGGGGAACUGGGAGAUGUUUGGCUGAUGUGCUCUGUUGCUGCCGUCUCAGAGAACCCUGAGGAUAUUCUUAAAAUGUUUCGACACCCUGCGGGUGCUGAAGCGGGUAAAAAAGAGCGUGCGAUUGGCGCCUAUCGUGUGACAUUCAACAAGAACGGCCUCUGGCGCAGCGUUAUUGUCGACGAUUACCUUCCAAUUUCCGGUGGCAAACCAAAGUAUGCAAAAAGCAAUCGUGAUCUUGCCGAGCUAUGGCCUUCUAUCUUGCAAAAGGCAUUUGCCAAAAUGCAUGGCAGUUACGCCAGCAUUUGCUCAGGUGAUCCGCUUCAUGCACUUCAGGACUUGACAGGCUUUCCGUGCUGUAGAUUUGAUAGUGCCUUUGCUGCCGCUUCUUGCUCUAGCAAGGAUGAUUUUUUCCAGGACUGGGUAAAAUACACCAAGGCUCACCAUCAAAUGUUGCUGAGCACUCCUGGCAAAGUUACAAACGAUGAAAAUUCGAAUGAUCUCAAGUUGGCUAAACGCUACCUUGGCGUGGGACUACAAAGUGGACAUGUGUACCGAGUUUUGGAAGCGCAAUACUUUGCUGAGCGCAAGCUGCGUUUGGUGAAGCUACGCAAUGCAUGGGGACGAAACGCGGAGUGGAAUGGUGACUGGUGCAGCGACGAUAAUAAAUGGGAGCAAUAUCCAGAAGUGGCUCAAGCUUGCAGAUUUGAAAAGGAUGAACGUAGCACCUUCUGGAUGUCGUGGAGAGCUUGCCUCUGUUACUUCAACGGGGGCGGUGUCUGCUUCUCCCAUCCGCUUCUCAAUGAUUACCGUGUGCCCUCGAAGUUUGUGGCGGGUACACCAUCGUGCGUGUUUGAGGUUAACGUUGAACAGCCCACUUGGAUGUGUUUUACAAUAUCGCAGCGAGACAGGCGUGGACGCCAAGGUUUCAAUGAGUACCAACCUGUGAUGUUGAGCGUUGCGCAACCGCUGGAAAACGACCUCUACAAGGUCGUGGAAAACAGCUCCAACGACGCCUCCCACCCCCUUCGCGACAAGUGGAUUUUCUUUCAGGCCCGCGACAUCAGCUUGUUGCACAGGUUCCUUCCUGAGCACUCGCCAUACCUCGUAAUUCCUCGACUCAUGCAGGUGGAUGGUCAGGAGGGGGAGGUACCCUAUGUCAUAGGAUUUUCAUGCAACAAGGUUGUUGGACACGACGGCGUCACCGUCCAAUUCAAAACCAUUGACAAGGACAACAAGGUGAUGCACAACUUCCCCAAGUUUGAACCUGAGGUGGAGCCUGUCAUGGCGGAGUACCAGGUCAAACCACCCCACAAGGGAUACGCAGAGCUGAAGCAGGGUGAAGCGGUAUACUAA